AUGGAUCGCGAACGUCUUCGAGACAUUGUUCUCAAGCUGAUCGACUUUGGGAAAACGACUCACCUGGUUUCUGAACUCAGCCGGGAGGACGUGGAAUACAUACUCGAUUGGGGUCAACGGGUCGUCCGACGAGAGGAAUCAGUCACAGAAAUCGCUGGGCCUGUCACGAUUUGUGGCAGUCUGUUUGGUGACUUCAGAAACCUUCUGGAUUUGCUCGAAGUAGGUGAGCACCCGCCUCUGAACUCGUACUUGUUUCUUGGCGACUUCGUCAAUCGCGGGAAGAAUUCGCUCGAGGUGGUCUGUCUCCUUGUGAGCUACAAACUGCUAUAUCCGAGCUGCGUUGUGAUGCUGCGUGGAGCCCAGGAGACGAAUGAGCUGACACGGAGAAAAGGUUUGAAGGCUGAGAUCAAAUACCGCUUCGAUACCCAUCUGUACAAAAGGCUCAUGGAAUUCUUCGGCUUCCUCCCGCUAGCGAGUGUUGUUGCGGGUAGAAUAUUCGCUUGCCACGGGGGACUCAACAGACAUGUUCACACCAUCGACAGCGUGAGGAGAAUAAUUAGGCCGCUCCCCACACUCGAGCGAGCUGCUGCUGGAAUCGUUUUCUCCGAACCGAUCGAAGGUACAGGCUUCCUUGGACACGCCGACGAGUCCUGCGGCUAUGGCUCCGAUAAGGUGUUGAGUUUCCUGAAGGCAGCGGGACUCGAUCUCAUCUGUCGUACUGGCGAUUGUGUACCCGGAGGAUUUCGCUAUCACUGCAACCGGAAUGUGAUCAAUAUAUUCUCGACGAUGAAUUUCUGUGGACAUGGUAACCCGGCUGCACUUUUGAAGGUCGCCCGAAAUGGAACAUGGGAAGUUGUGCUUUGCAAGGAAGAAGGGAGCUGA